AUGGGCAAGAAAAUGAAGCUCCCUUCUCUCUUCAAGAACAAAGAUGCAAGGGAUCAUCCAUGGCAAUGGUCCUCAUGCAAGCACCCCAGGACCAUGUCGUUUCGGGCCGGGGAUGACAUGUUCAAGACCGUAAACUCGAUCUUCUUCGCUCCAAAUGAUGGGUUCGAAACACCGGAGUCUUGGUUCACAAACUCCUCGGAGUCUGCUAGCUUUUCAACUGAAUCCGAGGAGUACUCUGCAGGGGAGUCAUUGGAGACGAUCAUACGUGGGGUUCGAUCAGAGAGGCUGUUUUUCGAGCCUGGUGGCACGAGUUCGAUCUUGGUGGAUGCAAAAGCAGAUGAGUUUCCAUUUAAGGAGAGUGUGGCGCUAGCGAUGGAGUCGGAGAAUCCUUACAUGGAUUUCAAGAAAUCAAUGGAGGAGAUGGUGGAGAGUCAUGGUUUGAAAGAUUGGGAGUGUUUAGAGGAGUUGUUGGGGUGGUACUUGAAGAUAAAUGGGAAGAUGAACCAUGGGUUUAUAGUUGGAGCAUUUGUUGACUUGUUGAUUGGGCUUUCCGCUUCUUGUUCUGAUUCUACUUCAUUUUCUUCUGCAGCUUCUUCUUUCUCUUCACCUUCUUCUCCUCUCUCUCCUGUAGCGCAGAAGGAAAUUGAGGAGGAAGACAAGAUGGAAAUGUCUUAG